AUGUUGCUGAUCCUGCUGGUGCCGAUAAUCGGAUCCGCUGCGGCGUUUCCCCUGCCGGACGACGGCCGUCGAUCCGCCGGCGAAAAGUCGCUUUUCAUAUCCACGGAGACGCGCGGCAACGUCGACACGGGGAAUCCGAGGGACCUGGGAAAAACUAUGGAAGAUCAAUUCGAUAAGACGCUUCUCUCCGAGCCUGUGAGACCCACGACGACCGACGUCCGUCCCGAAGAAGCCUCCGACGUCACAGAGACGCAGGAGACCGGCAGGAGGAAGACGACGCAAGAACGGAAGCGCAAGGCCGUGUUCGUGGACUACUCUCCGAUACCCCGGAUGCCCCACCCUCUGCUGCACCCGGCGACGUACGAGAUCGACUACGACGACGGUAAUCCGACGAUCGUGGAGCGGCCGGCGGGUGGCUCGAAGAGGAGCUACCAAGAGAGCAACAUCAUCUACAUUCGACUACCGGCGACGCCUUACAUCUUCGUGCCCGGCUUCGGCUACAUCUCUCAGUCACCCAAAUAUUCGACCGUCGCCACCGACGGUCUGAAGUCUCAGCUGGUGCCGGUGGUGGCGCAGCUACCCCAGCAGCUACUCCUGUCUGCAUCCCAUGCGAGGCCGACGAAGCAACCAGCUCAACCGACGGCUUCCCUUCAGAGCGUUGAUCCCUUCAUCAAGCUGCCCAUAGACUUCGUGAGCAACGGCAAGCCUACGUCGGUCUACCAGUGGCGGCAAAAGCCCGACAAGAGACCGGUCGACAGCCCGAUCACGAAACUGGACAGCCUGUCGGCCGACUUCGUCAGCAACGGCAAGCCGACCUCGAUUUAUCAGUGGCAGCAGGCGAAUCUCAAGCCCUCCAAGCGGCCGGACGUCGGUUCGCUCAACAGCCUUGACAUGGGACCCUAUAAAUUCAACGGCAAGCCCACCAGCCUGUACCUACUCGGGCCGGAUGGCUCCUCCGCAAUGCACCAGCCCGUAAGACCUGCCGAUUAUCAGGACGAUUAUCGGACGGUGUUCUACUGA